AUGACCGUGCAUCAAGCAACUUUGUUUCUUGAAGCUUUAUGCGACAUUCUUGUUGGGUUUAAAGAUCAGGUAUGCAAAGAAGAAGAAGAAGAUUGGUCGAAACUUCUUGUGUGUAAUUUUGUUAGUGGAGUGAUCGCUGUUCCGUCUUACUUCCUAGUCAUGGGGAGUAUGACGAAACGCGAAAAGAACAUCGCAAUGUGGACAUUUGCUGCUGCGGUUGUUGGUUCGGCGAUAUCAACAUUCGAUUCUUCCAUCAUCAAAGACAAGAGUCGCAUGCAAUCACUUCAAGACGCUUUCCGAGCAAUGAGUUCAAAACAUUACAAGGACACACAUGCACCAUGA